AUGGAAGAACAGCCCUUACGUAAAAAGGAUACAAUUUUAGAAUCUUCCCAACCAACUUCAGAAAACCAAGCCAACAGUCCAAGUGAUAAAGUUGAGAUUUUUCAUGUAAUAGCUGAAGAUUAUUUUGAUGAAAAAUUGUCAAAGAAGAUGAGGCUUCAUGG